CAAGGAAAACUGACAAACCCUUUAUCAGGCAUGCCCUGAGGGUAAAGUGCAUCCAAUAUCAGCUAUCAUCGAGCUAUGGGAGAUGCAGAUUAAUCAAUAAUCUCAUUCACUGUCGAAGCUGGGGUUUAUGACCAAGGCAGUGAUAUAUUAAUGGGACGCCUUUUGUUUCAAAGUGUUCAUCUUUGCUGCCUCAGGAUGUUCAGGUUCGCGCUGCUGUUCCUGACGCUGUCAGGCCUCCAAGCCGCCCCACUUGCGGCCCCUAGGCGCUUGCAGAAGACACCUUCAACCUUCCAGCUCCAUGAUGGCUCUGACACCCGUGAACCAGUUCCUGCCGGCUUCCGGCAAGGUACCGAGCCCUCCAGGAGGUUCCUCGUUGACCUCAACACUGGCCUAGUGAAGGAACACGGGAGAGCGGCUUUCAACCGUCCUCCUGUGGGAAAGGGAUUUGGAGAGAUGGAGAGAAGACACAGGCUGACAGAUGAGGUCCCUGUUGAUGUUCCAGCCCAGAAGAACGGUGGUGGUUGGGUCCGGGUAGAGGAACCCUCUGCUCCUCAUCUCCCAGAGGGUUUCAGACAGGGAACCGAACCCGUGAGGUCCAUCCCAGAGGGUUUCAGACAGGGAACAGAACCCGUGAGGUCCAUCCCAGAGGGUUUCAGACAGGGAACCGAGCCCAUUAUGCAUAUCCCAGAGGGUUUCAGACAGGGAACCGAGCCCAUUAUGCAUAUCCCAGAAGGUUUCAGACAGGGGGAACCGAACCCGUGA